AUGACUGCUGUGACUCCUUUGGAGAUUCAUAUUAUCUCCAAUCUGGUGAACAAGGCAAGAGUUGUUGAGGAAUAUGCAAAGACGGUAGCCUCGUCAAGGGACACUCAUGGAGGAAACACUAGUCGGGGACAUGGUGAUUGCUUCAAUUGUGGUUUACCUGGUCACAUUGCGAGGGAUUGUACUCGUGGGAAGAACCCGAAUGCAGGUCAGAGUCAACACCAAAGGCAAGUAUUUGCUGUGAACGCCAAGGAUGCUGCUAAGGCGGAUCCUCUGAUGAGAGUUGAGGAACUAGGCUUGAAAGUGUCAGAAUUAGCAUUUGAGUUGCAUGUACAUACUCCGCAUCAGACGGUGGUGACUAAGUCAGGUUGUAGACAAUUUAUGCCGGAAGGAGAAAGUGGAACAGUGAUAGCUGAGGGCUAUUACCUGAACUUUGUAAUAGUGAACUGCAGUGGAGAAGAGUGUCAGGGUUAUAUACUGUUGGCUGUGAAUACGUUAGGUGAUAAUCAGGAGCUAGAUCAAAUUUCGGUAGUUAGAGACUUGCCGGAAGUAUUUCCGGAAGAUAUUCCUGAGUUCCCACCUCAAAGGGAGAUUGAAUUUGCGAUUGAAUUGGUACCGAGAGCUGGACUAGUGUCGAUUGCACCAUAUCAAAUGGCUCCGACAGAGCUGGAUGAACUAAAGGCUCAGUUCGAAGAGCUUCUGAACAAGAGGUAG